CGGAAGUGGAGCCGGGCGCUCGGGAGCAGCGGGCGCGGCGGAGCUAGGGCCGGGCCGGACGGACCCCAGGCUGCGACAGAAUCCACUCCCAAAUGCCUGGAAAUUCCUCACUGGAUCACUGGGCUUUCCACAGAGAUUCGUGAGCAGCCGUUCAUCUUCAGCCGGAAAGAAAGAUGUGGAAGGCUUCGGCGGGCCAUGCCGUGUCCAUCACCCAGGACGACGGGGGCGCCGAUGACUGGGAGACUGACCCUGACUUCGUGAACGAUGUGAGCGAGAAAGAGCAGAGAUGGGGGGCCAAAACCGUGCAGGGCUCUGGGCACCAGGAACACAUCAACAUACACAAGCUGAGAGAGAAUGUUUUUCAAGAACACCAGACCCUCAAGGAAAAGGAGCUUGAAACGGGACCGAAAGCCUCGCACGGUUAUGGAGGGAAGUUCGGCGUGGAACAGGACAGGAUGGACAAGUCAGCUGUCGGCCACGAGUACCAGUCGAAGCUCUCCAAGCACUGCUCCCAGGUAGACUCCGUCCGGGGCUUUGGAGGCAAGUUUGGUGUCCAGGUGGACAGAGUUGACCAGUCCGCUGUAGGCUUUGAAUACCAGGGGAAGACCGAGAAACACGCCUCACAGAGAGACUACUCGAGCGGCUUCGGCGGCAAGUAUGGCGUGCAGGCUGACCGGGUGGACAAGAGCGCCGUGGGCUUCGACUACCAGGGCAGGACGGAGAAGCACCAGUCGCAGAAAGAUUACUCCAAGGGCUUCGGCGGCAAGUAUGGCAUCGACAAGGACAACGUCGACAAGAGCGCCGUGGGCUUCGAGUACCAGGGCAGGACGGAGAAGCACCAGUCGCAGAGAGACUAUGUGAAAGGGUUUGGAGGAAAAUUCGGUGUACAGAGAGACAGACAAGACAAAUGUGCUCUUGGCUGGGAUCACCAGGAGAAACUGCAACUGCACGAAUCCCAGAAAGACUACUCCAAAGGAUUCGGUGGAAAAUACGGGGUGCAGAAGGAUCGGAUGGAUAAGAACGCUUCCACGUUCGAGGACGUUGCCCAGGUGGCCCCUGCUUAUCAGAAGACCGUCCCCGUUGAGGCGGUGAACAGCAGAACGAGCAACAUCAGAGCGAACUUCGAAAACCUGGCGAAGGAGAAGGAGCAGGAGGACAGGCGGAAGGCGGAGGCCGAGAGGGCCCAGAGGCUGGCGCAGGAGCGGCAGGAGCAGCAGGGGGCCCGGAGGCAGCUGCAUGAGCAAGCCCAAGCCCAGAAGCCAACGCCCCCAGCCUCCCCGACUCCUCAGCCGGCUCAGGAGAGGCCGCCUCCAAGCCCCGUCUAUGAGGACGCGGCUUCAUUCAAGGCCGAGCCCGAGCCCGUGUACAGCAUGGAGGCGGCCGACUACCAAGACACCGGCGGCCAGCAGGGCCUGGCCUAUGCCUCGGACACCGUCUACGAGGCCACAGAGGCCCCUGGGCACUAUCAAGCAGAGGAAAACACCUACGACGAAUAUGAAAAUGACCUUGGGAUCACGGCCGUCGCCCUGUAUGACUACCAGGCCGCGGGCGACGACGAAAUCUCCUUCGACCCUGAUGACAUCAUCACCAACAUAGAGAUGAUUGAUGAUGGCUGGUGGCGCGGGCUGUGCAAGGGCAGGUACGGGCUCUUCCCGGCCAACUACGUGGAGCUGCGGCCGUAGGUGCCCGGCGGGAGGCCGGUGCCCGGAUCGGAGGCCGCUGUACAAACGGCUUUUAUAUGUGAUCCUUCUGCUGACGCUUUUGGAAAUGCUCAUGCCACAGAAUUCGCUAGUAUGUUGUAAUCACACGCCUUAGGAGGACUUGGGUAAUCGAUUUUACGCAUUUAAGGCAUUUUCGUUUCUGCCAAAUUGACUGUCACAUGGAGCCACUUCAGGGACCCUCGGCUGUCCUGAGUGCAUGCUGUCCUUGCCCCACCGGUGGCGGUCGGGACCCCUGCCACGCUGCCUGUGCUCGGACCGGCCGCGCGCUGU